UAAAAAUCUACUGUGAAGUAAUUCUGCUUGUUUUUUCUUUAAGUAGUGGGAGCAAACACGUACGAAUAUGAACCAAUUACCCCUGGAAUUUGUAUCCAACAUGGACGCAUAUAAUCCUGACCGAUGUCCGGUCUAUGCCGUACGCAGGCCCAUGUUCUAGUAUGAAUGGCAUGGCAUAUGACUGACGUCUGGCCACAGUCAUUCUUCGGCGCAAUGGGGUGCGCCGCCUCCAUCAUCUUCACCGUGUUCGGUGCAUCAUAUGGAACGGCAAAAUCAAGCGGCGCCAUCUUCUCGUCAGGGAUUAUGCGUCCCGAGCGCUUGAUGCAGAACACCCUAUGCGCAAUCAUGGCCCAGAUCCUAAGCAUAUAUGGCCUGGUCGCCAGCGUGAUCAUCUCUGGCGAUCUGAUUGAGAAAAUGCCACUGCACAUGGGGUUUCUGCAGCUCGGAGCCGGCAUCAGCGUGGGUCUUUGUGGCCUCGCGGCUGGGUUCGCGAUUGGCAUCGUUGGCGACGCUGGAGUUCGUGCCAGCACACAACAGCCGCGACUCUAUGUGGGGAUGGUACUUAUUCUCAUCUUCGCCGAAGUCCUUGGUCUAUACGGCGUGAUCGUUAGUAUCCUGAUGCUAACAAAGUCCCGGGACGCAACUGCAUGUCCAUAUUGAGUAAAACGUCCAGAUCGUUUCAAUAUUGAGAGCGGUUACAAUAAGUAUUUUUGAUGAUCAAGUUUAUCCGGAGCAACAUAGAAUAAGUUGUGCCUGCUUACGUGGCACGACAGGGCGAAGGGGGGGCUUAGCAUGAAGGGGAGUCCAUAGUGCCAGCUGCGGCAACACUAAGACAGCAGCACAUGGGCGCCAGGGGAGACACAUCAGACACAUUCAUCAUAGCCAUUGUCCGCAGCGCCCAGGUUGUCAGGAGCAAUUUGCAUCAUAUCAGCGAGUCUCAAUAAUACUUUUCAGCAAUUAUGCACUUAUUUGAGACAAUUCGUACAUGAUUCUUUGUGAUAUGUUUCAUCAGACGACGCUAGUGCUGAGCCGUAAUCUUCUCAUCCCUUGGACUGAGCAACAUAUCGUGACACCCGUCCUAGCUACGUAUUCGAAAACUUUCCUUUUAA